CUUGUUGGUCAUGUGAUCUUCAAGUACAAUGUCUCUUCAAGACUUGACUGCGCGUUCAGAUGUUUGUUUAAUGGUCGUUGUCUUUCGUAUAACUACGAAGAGGGUGAGAAAUUGGAUCAUACGUGUGAGCUGAACAGUGAGAGCAAAAUGACUAAAUCGACUGAUCUGAUGAGCAGGGCUGGUUAUUCUUAUUACGGCACAGGAAGAAAUGUAAGAUCAAGGCCUAUGCGUUCUGACAAAUAGUUAAUUGGUUGACGCUCGUCAUCAUCAUCGUCAUAAUCUAAUGCUGCUUUAAAAUCAUGGUAAAAUAUUCUAUGAUAACCGAAGGGGUGUGUCAUGUGCGUUUAACAUCAAGUAACAAGCUUACUUCAAAAUUGGAACAGUGCUUAUAAGUAGAUAUACCAAAAGAAAUGUGGAGAUCCCUAAGUAAGUAAGGUUUUGACCCGGGUUUGGAGGGGGUAUUCCCUAUACGGGAAGGCUCCCUUCGAAAUGGGUACCUUUUUCAGGCUGCAGUUGUAUGAAAGGGUAGGGAUUUACUAUUGAAUUAUAUGAACGGGUAAAGAAAUCUGCCUUUUGUCUGUAAAAGGACCUAAAAGAGCUAACAGAGGCAUUUAAAGGCUUUGAAAAGAGAACAAAACUUCCCGCGCUCUAAACUUGGUACGUGAAAGAGGUACCAUUUGUCAAUAGAAGGUACACGGAAGGGGGAUCUUUUCUGUUAAUUUAACACUGAGUAAGGGGUUGGAAUUCGGGGCGGAGCCUCCCCGUACAAAACUUUGUCUAGUGCUUCGGGGCCCGGGGGAAUUGAAGCCUUGAUAAGGCGUGAUGGUAACCAGUUAGUGCUCUCUCUAAAAUACGCUUAUCUCCAGCUAACUUCAGGGUAUUUGUAGUCACGGAAACUGACGGUUAGUUCAUCGUAUUUGCUAAGUAUGUAAUCUAUUAAUAGCGUACUAAUCCAUAGACUUCAGCACUGCUAUUACAUAGACUUCUGUUGUUGGCAUAGCAUGGAGAAUUUCUUAGAGCGUGUAGGUUUAAUCAUUUUAAUCAUCUGUGCUUGUGACAUCAACUUUAACUUCCUGGACUUACCAGGUACCCGAUAAAUGUGCUUCGUCGCCAUGCAUUAACGACGGGACAUGUCAAGAUUCUUGUGUGGAAAGGUCUGGAUUCAAGUGUUUGUGUAUUGACGGAAGGAAUGGAGACAAGUGUCAGUAUUGGACAGGUAAGGAGAAAGUAUUUCUAUUAAUCAGCCAGCCGGAAAAGAUGCACUCUGUUCACCUAGCGCGAGUGGUGUUGCUAAAGCAGUGAAUGGUGAAAAACUCGUUUCUCCAUUCUUAAGCCUCUAAUUCUAUAAAGGGCGAAGCUUUCGUUGAAAAUGGUAAUAAGAAGAGUUACUAUUAUAAGAAGAAGUAGUUAAAGAAGUGUGAAGUCAUUCAGUACUUAUCUGUUUUUAUGCUGUUGACUUUCUCUGUUUCAGAGAGGAAAUAUUACUGUCUUUGCCACGCAACUGAGCAUCUUCACCUUCCCUUGGCCUCAAUGACCAUCAUCAUCAUCAUCAUCAUCAUCAUCAUCAUCAUCCUCUGCCUCCUCCUCCUCAUCAUCAUCAUCAUCAUCAUCAUCAUCAUCAUCAUCCUCUUCCUCCUCAUCAUCAUUAUCAUCAUCAUCAUCAUCAUCAUCAUCAUCAUCCUCUUCCUGCACAUCAUCAUUAUCAUCAUCAUAAAAUUAUCAUCAUCAUUAUCAUCAUCAUAAUCCUCCUUCUCCUCAUUCUCAUCUUCAUCAUCAUAAUCAUCACCCCCUCCUUCUCCUCCUAUUCCUCCUUCUCCUUCUCCUUCCCCUCCUCCUCCUCCUCCUCAUCAUAAUCCUCCUUCUCCUCAUUCUCAUCUUCAUCAUCAUAAUCAUCACCCCCUCCUCCUCCUCCUAUUCCUCCUUCUCCUUCUCCUCCUCCUCAUCCUCAUCAUCAUAAUCCUCCUCAUCAUCAUCCUAUAUAAUAAUCAUCAUUUAUGCUGUUGCGCGACGUGAAAAGAUUAUUAACGGUUCAUUUAGUUCAUAUGUUCAAAUUAUACAGAAAAGUCAUUUUCACUAAAAGGUAGAUUUUGGUUUUUACUUUAAUUUGUUCUUGAGUAUCCAUUAAAGAUCUGAAGAAAGUCAUAUUUUACUUUCAGCAAGAGAGAAUGAUCAUUUGAUUUUGCUCCACUAGAUUUAUUAACCUGUGACGGCAUAAUUUUUGCUGUGUUAUUCUGGUAGCCAAGGAUACUAGUUAAGAAUUCUCUCUUGCUUUCAGAUAAUGCGCAAAAUUAUACAGCUGCUUUUGAAAGGGAGAAUGCCAAUGAUUACCUUGAAACAGAAAUAGAUGAACCAUUGGCACAGCUUACGACUUGUAUGUGGCUGAAGACAACAAGGAAGUGGAAUUGGAUGACUUAUCUGUCACUUGUUUCCCCGGAAAAUCAAAAACAUUUAACGUUCCGCUGUUGGGACACUAAACAAUGCAGACUUACCAUAAUAGGGGUUGGCAAGUAAGAUAUAUCCGAUAUUACUGGCAUUUAAGUUUUAAUAGCCCCAUGUAAGGGAGUUCAAGACAAUAUUAAAAUCUGGAUUUAACGCCGUGGAUUCCGGAUUCCAAGUACGGGAUUCCGUAAUCUUUGUAUGUGAAACUAGCUAACUAGGAUUCGGAUUUCGGAUUUCAAUAAUUAUUGGGAUUCUACCUACAUUGAUUUCCUUGAUCGAGCUGUUUUCCGGAUUCCAUAUUCUAGAUCCUUCCUCAGUUACAAGCAAAAAUUUUCCGGAUUCCGGAAUUCGGAUAAGAGACGAUUCUAAAUGGAGCUUUGAUUAGAGAGGCAAAAUUACAUAAUAAUGAUUGGUUGACCGCCAAAAUUUAUUUGUCGCCCUUGACUAGUUGAGCGGUCAUAACCGUGAUUGCACCGUGUUUUAAUUUCUAUCUGGAUAGUUGUGUGCUGCCUGUCGGUUUAAUUUGAUAUUAGAUAAACGAAAGCCGCAAUUAGGGCCUCUUUUUACGAGCCCGGUUGACCGUGCAGGCCCGGUUUCCGAGAUCAAGCCUUGCCUCUGAAUCCUUUGUAAUUUUUUGGAUGAGUUCAUAUGAUAGGGUGGGCUGGCUCGGUUCCCGAGAUCUCGGUUAGCGGGCUGGAAAAUUGUGCCAUUUGAACACUUCAGCCAGGUUACCGUGAUGGAAGCGGGAUGAAUUCUUCGAAUGAAUUCUGUAUCGUCUUACUUUGCCUGCUGUAUUUUCCACAUCAUAAGCAUUCAAUUCAAGAGCAUCAGUGACACAGCUAUAAGAGUUGCCAAAGCUACGAAGAGCACAAAAGUCAUAUCUUUGUGUUUCUUGUUUGCGUUGUUUCUCAAAUUUCGCGCUAUAACUCCUCCUUAGGAUCUUCGGCCUUUUCUCAUCUCCUAAGCCGGGCUGAAAUUUCUCAUAUGAACCCAAGGCGGAAUCGAUGCCGGUAAGCGGGCCAGCCCGGGCUACCGGGCUCAUCUUAAAAAAAGGCAUUUAGAAAGAUAACAGUCACUCUUAUCUAUACAGAGACAUAGAUCUUCCACCUUUUAACAACGGACUAUGGCACCUCUUGUGCUUCACGUGGGAGAACAUUUUCGGUUCCUGGGCUGUAAUUCUUGAUGGAUUCGUAAUGAUGUCCGAAAAGAACUUGCGGGUUGGUAGGGACGUUGGCCCAGGAAGGUUGACUGUUGGCAAGAUGCAAAGCGGAGCAUCAACCCCGGAAGAACCUUUUACUGGGGAGAUUGCAUCAGUAAACGUAUGGAGCGCGAAAUUGGACUACAGCAAAAUCAGAGAGAUGUCACGGUCAAAAAGUCAAGAAUUAGGAAAUGUUACAGAUUGGAGAGAGUUUCGACAUGGUAUUAAUGGAGAGGUGAAUAUCCUCUCACCUGGCAGUUUUAUUUCCUUUGGUAAGCAUGCACGAAAUUAACAGAGUUUGCAAAAACAACUAAUAAAGUCGAACGUCCAUGUGCGACCACCUCUCAUAAACUUUCACUUCCCAUAAACGACCGCCAAUCAUAAACACCAAAAUUUUCCCAGUCAAAGCCUUACUGUUGUUAACUCUAGUAAACGACCACCCCUGUAAGCGACCGCGACCACUUUUUGGGCCUGACGGUUAAUGAUUUUCCAUUGUUUUUAACCUCUUGUAAGCGACCACUUGACGCAUUCUCUGAUCUUUAUGUUCACUGUGUGCACAAAGCUACGUAGAAUAUACGAAGAACUUUAGUGACAACAUGGAACUACUCAUGUCGUAACUUAGACAUUGCAUGCAAUAAAUUAUCUCCCAAAAAGUAGAUGUGCCUAGAAAUCUUCUCGGAAGCGGCCCCCUGUGGUUCGAUUCUUGUUAACGACCAUUUCCUGUACGCGACCACUAAGUCUUUGCAUUUUAGUCGGUUGGUCGCUUACGUGAGGCUCGACUAUGAAAAAAUAUUGUCAUUAUCGAUUGGUUUGUUCAUUAUUUGCUGGAAAAAUUGUUUGUAACGCGCCCUAAUUUCAGUUUUAGACACUGAAUUCGUGGUCGACUUUGCAUCGAAGAGUGUUAACAACUACAUACAACCAUCCACUGUGAUGCCAUCACUUCAUCAUUUGACAGUCUCAUUUUGGAUGAAGACGAGACUUCUUGCUGAUGCCGCGAUUGUCCACUAUGCGACCAGUGAAGAAAUAAACUCUCUCUAUCUGGGUUUUGGGACCAAUGGAGCCUUGAACCUGUAUGUCAUGUCUUCUAGGUGAGUAUUAUGGUUCUGAUUUGACGGUAGGUACAACAUGCAGGUCUCACGUCACAUUUCGCAAUUAAGUGCAGGUUAGAGUACAGGUCAGUGUUAGCAUAAAUAAAGAACACUUGAAGUGUCUCAUAGCCCUAAUCACAAUCAUAGAGUUUUAGUUUUAGGAAAAAUGCUUAUCUCGGUGACUUACACUUGUGACCUAUGUGGGUGUGUUUUUUUGCCCAGGUUUGAGUUGAUCCCUUUAAUUCAGAGGUUUCGGGCUUUUCAUUAAAGUAAGUAUGUGUAUUAGUCAGUCAGUCAGUCAGUCAGUCAGUCAGUCAGAAUCCGGAAUCCAGCCUGAAAAGCUGCUUCAUUGUCAUCAUACGAAACUUGCUCACCUAAGUCCCCUGAAGAAGAACUAGGACUGCUUUCGCUCAAUACGCAUUAGUACGACGAAAUGAGCGUCCUCGGCAAAUUUUUCUUAAACCGGAAAUGGAGAGCCUCUAUCUUCAAGUUAAAACUUACAGCUUGCCAGCAAGCUAGAUAUCAAGAAAUUUUCCUUCGCUGUAAAGCGUCACUUAAACGGAAGUAAUACUGUCGAAACGAAACUAUACCAGUAAUGGGUUAAUAUGAAUUAUAUGAAUGCCCAAGUUCUGGGUUAAUUGUGCCUGUCUGGACACAAUUGCAAUUGUUAAUUGUACUUCAUGAUUUAUCAUUAGCAAUUCCAAAAGGUACUACCUGCCUGGUAUGAAUGGCGGUCUUUGGCAUCAUAUUUGUUUAACAUGGAGCAGUUCUCUGGGCAAAGUCCAGUUUUUCUUAGAUGGAUCACGAAUAAAAACAGUUUCUGGAUACCGCGAAAAUUUUACUGUCCCGGAAGGAGGAAUCCUGAGAAUUGGACAAAAACAACUGGAGGUUGGUGGAAGCCAUUCAAGUAGCAAAGCAUACGAAGGUGAGCUGAGCAGAAUCAACAUUUGGAAUACGGUUCUGGCGGAUUCUGUGAUAGAGGCACUAGCUUUGACACCUGGAGCCGAAAUUGGAAAUUUUCUGUCCUGGAGAGACAUACGCACAUCAAUAUUCAGCGGACUGGUGUCAAUUCAAGAUGGCGCCGAUCCUCAGCCACUUGGUAAGACUUACAAACUACGUAAAAUAUAAGGUUGAAUAAGGCCAAAAACAGAAUGAAGUCAUUUAAAGGUUUCAGGCGCUAUUGAAAAACCUUGCUGCUUUUAGAACUGUGGUUCACUUUUGUUUUUGUUUUGAGCUUCGAAUCUAAAUAUAUUACAAUAACUUGAAAAAACAUUGAAAAGUGGUUCAAAACAGAUCAGAAAUGAAAAGUUAACCGCAAUAUGAGAAAUGAGAAAUAUUUCAGGGAAUAUUCUUUUGCCGUCAAGCAGAAUUCAUGGUGAACGGAACCAAAUUUUCCAAAGACGGCCGUUCAACAAUACAGCAAAUCUUAUAAAUUUUGCUUAAAUUCAUGUCUUUCAGCUAAAGAAAGCAAUUACGAUCUGCUGUUUAAUUCGAAGUCGACCAGCAACUACGCAACUUACAGCUCGUUGCCAUCCAUGACCUGUUUAACAGCCUGCCUUUGGAUGAGAACAUCUUACUCUGGGACGCAUUAUUUUUUCUCUUAUUCCACCAGCUCCUAUUAUGAUGCACUAACCCUUGGGUACGAUUCUGGAGAGGCUGAGAUUGACUUCAACAUCAACUAUCCUUCUUGGCGGUGAGCAUUUGUUUAUCGAUGGGAUUUGGGAGAUAUUUUGACCCGCGAACCAUUAGUUUGUAAAAGCAUGUAUCCUUGGACGAACCGUCUACGAGAGGAAAGAAAAACGCUAUCGAAACUAAACAAGACCAGCUAGCUUCAUUGUUGAAACCUUUCACAGUUUCACAGUAGGAGUCUUGUUACACAUCAGCCUUUGGUUGCUGCCUACUAUUGACUUUUCAAUAAAGUAUCUAUAUGCAUGUAUGUACAAUUAUUACUCUUAGGAUUGAUACUCAGUGCUGUGGGGGUGAAUUGAAGGAAUCCUGAUACAUCAUCUCACAAUGAAACCCAGCUUAUUAACGGUGGAAGGUAGGAAAUAGGCCAUUUCCGAGUUCCAGCCAAUCUUGUGAAAAUGAGUUCUAUUUGCAUUUCAGUGGCUUCCCACUUAGCCUCGCUUUGAAACAGAGACUUGAAGCAUCUCGGAAAUGGUCUAUUGAAAAUUGCCUGACAACCGAACCAGCAGCUCUAGGUCCAGCAGAGAUCAUCAGACUUACCGCAUGCGCUGUAGACUAGUAGACAAUAAAGGCUUGUUAUAUGUUCCCCGAUGGACAUGUCAUACUAGCUGACUCCAUAUAAAUUUUCUUCUUUUUGUCAUUGAUGUAACUGCAGCUACCAUGCCCUUUCAAGUGCUUUCAUGCAUGAUGAUGGAUGGCAUCAUUUGUGCGUAACCUGGAGAAAUACAGACGGCAAAUGGUGCAUCUUUGUCGAUGGUGAAAGGAAAUGCUAUGGUGAGGGUUAUAAAACUGGCCAAACCAUCUCAGGAAAUGGAAAGUUUUUUCUUGGCCAAGAGCAAGACUCAUAUGGUAUGAAAUCAAUUGAAACAGUAGCACCAUUAGAGAGCUUUAGAUUCUAAGACGAGGGCGAAGACGAGUACAAGAUUUUCUCAAUACAGCUGUACUGAGUAUUGCUCACUCGUGAACCAGUGUCAUUUUGGCAGUAAAACGUGAUAACCGUCGUAAAUCUACUACGAGUUUUAGUGCGAAUGUACGUCGUAGUGAAAGUAAGGAGUUUUAUCAUUUUGCUAUGGGAGAGGACUUAACAACGGAUCUUUUCUUUAAGGACGUUUAUCAAAUAAUUCUUUCUCGUUCUAAGCACUCUCAGGAAAUUUCGUGAAAGUUGAAUUCUGCAUUCUUGUGAUUGAGAAGACACUGAAAAAACAUUUGGCCAUCUAAAAAAGGAUGGGUCUAACCUGAGACAUUUCAGUAAAAUUGUCCAAAAAAAUUCUAUUUUAUCCCAAGACACAAAUACAUCCAGUUUAUGUAUCAAUGAAAUCGAGGCAAGAUUUGCACUGUUUUUAUUAACUGGUUGGUUGGAGUUGAUGGGAUAAAGCAAUUCCCAGGUUCUGAUUGGCUACAAGAGCGGGCAAGAUACAAUAGGUGUUAUUUGGCCGCUCUGGAUUUCCUGAUUUACUCCCGCCGGGAAAAAAAGGUUCUUUUGGCUAAAUAAUAAAUCUUUCAUUGACCAAGCUUGUCCAGUCAAUAAAGAACCUUCUCCGGCCAAAAAAGAGAGAAAAUAUGAAUAAAUGAAUGAACGAAAUACUUGGCCACUAUCCAGCCAUCUCGACCUCACCCUUGGUCUGCGCCAUUUAAUCCUGGUAUCACACACUUGACGUAAAUAAUUAAUAACGUCAAUGCAGUCGUAGCUAAUUUUACACUCUUUGCUGAUAUCUCGCCUUACUUUUCAGGGGGCAGCUUCUCUUCAUUUCAGGCAUUUUACGGCAGAAUGAGUAGGGUGAAUAUCUGGAGUAGUGUGCUUGCAAACGAUGCCAUUGAAAAGAUGUCUUUAGGCUGCGGAUUGGUUAGCGGUGACGUGGUGGCUUGGCAUCAUUUCAAAAACAACUUAUUUGGAGACGUGCAGGUGGAGAAGCCGUCCUGGUGUUCAUUGAUAGGUACGGUUAACUCACGGGGCAUUUUUCUUUUGACCCCAGAAAGGAGUUCCAAGAGGGCUAGCAUAAUGUCCGUAUUUCUUGGUGGACUAUAUAUAGUUGAUAAGACUGUUGUUGUUUAGUCUGACUACAUGUUAUGGUAUUUUUAGCUAGUAGGGUAAAUUUGCGAUGAAAUGGAGUAAAUCUUAGCACUUUUAAUUAGUAGAAGCGAUAGACUUGCGCGUAUGCAUGGUUUAUAUAAAUGGAAUAUUCAAGAAAGUUUAUCUCUUGGUCCCCUCUCCCUUAGUCAUUGACUUGUUUGGUGCCCAUACCCAGUUUAUCCUAAAAAAAAUAAAAUAAAAUAAAACCAAACAAACAAUAUCGAUCGUUUUCUCUGUGUAGGGCCUACAAAACAAGCCAAGCUAGAUGCUUACUGCCAAAGCCAAUUCUCUGGUUCGUCCUGUAGUGAAGGAACUAUCACCAGAGCAGUAUUUGAUAGGAAGCACGAUCAAGUUGGAAAAAAAUGGCGUUGUUACUAUGAGAACGCCCUCACAGAGAGUUCCACGGGAUAUGCAUAUGACGUGAGCAAGAGCUCUGGAUGCCUACACACCAAAGAUAGUGAGCUACGAAGCUUGUUACUCUAA